AUGUAUUUCAACGGUUGUAAGUUUGACUGUUUAUUUCAGACUACGAAAUCCAUUUUGUGUACAGAUCAUGAAAUUGCUAUUAAAACUCAGCCUUAUUCAUCAAAAAACAAAGAAUAUGGCGAACCUCCUGACGUCUUCUGUCUUGAUUCAUCUUCUAUAGAAUUUUUGUAUUCGAUAUUUGACAAUCGAUUUUCUGCCAAAAACAAUGCCAAAACAAAUACAAGUGAGUCAUGUAAGGUAAAUCGCCAAAAUCAGAAACUGGUUCCAUGUCUGCCUUGGCAACAGUCUCUACAUCGUGUUCGUGGUAGAGUCAAAUACCACAUAGGAAGACUGACGAAUCUUAAGAAAACUAUUGGGUCUGACAAGUUGGAUGACUGUGAGCAAGAAAUCUUAAAACAAAAUCAGGCAAAAGAAAUUUUCAACAAGAUACACAACAGACAUGUGCAAAUGCUGAAAGAACUGCCAAGUGCUGGAGUAGCCGAACUUAUGGAACAUGAAAUAGAUCGUUUUGCAAACGGAUUGCCGGUGUAUAGCAUCAGAGAAGACAUCAAGAAUAUACUGUGCAAUGAGGGAAGAGUAUUGCUUAUUGUGGCAGGUACUGGUUCAGGUAAAAGUACACAAAUUCCGCAGUAUUUAUUAUUCGAUGGUAUCAUUGAUUCUUCAAAGAAAAUUCUGUGUAGUCAACCACGCAAGACUGCUGUACAUGAACUAGCCAUGAGAGUGAAGAAAGAAACAUCACUGAAUAAUUACUGUUUCGUGAACGUCCCCGUAUAUAAAGAAAAUGGGAAUAAACCUAAUCUGGAUGCAAAAAUAAAUUUCAUAACAGUGAAGCAUCUUUUGGAUUGCAUAAAACAAGAUCCUAUAUUGUCACAAUUUGGAUGCGUUGUGAUUGAUGAAGUUCAUGAGAGGACUGUCUAUACUGAUUUAUGUUUAGGAUUGAUGAAAAAAAUACUUAAAUUGCGAUCGGAUAUGAAAUUGGUGAUAACUUCUGCAACACUAGACCCAGAAUUAUUAUUAAAUUAUUUCGCCGAGUUCCAAGCAAAAAAGCUAGAAAUUCCAGGACAUCAUUACUCCGUCAAGAUUUGUUACGAGCCACCCUUUUCUAGAUGCAAAGGAACUAGAACUUUAAUACAGGAUUAUAUUGAUCGAACAGUGGAAAAAGUAGUAGAUAUUUGUAAGAGUGAAGCUGAGAAGCAGCCUUUUGAAGAAGAUAUUGCUUGGGAAGAUAGCUUGGAAAUACAUGCAGCACACAUUAUGGCUUUUUUGCCAAAUUCUUAUGAAACGCUAAUAGCUGAAGAACGCCUCUCCGAGCGACUAGCGGAACUUAAGCACAGUGUGAACGUGAAAAUCAUGACAUUACAUGGAAAAAUGCCAGAUGAAGAUCGAAUUGAAGUUUUUGCUCCUUUGCAGCCCGAAUAUCAUCAUAAGGUUAUUUUUGCAACAAAUGUCGGUGAAACUUCAAUUACUAUUCCAGGUGUUCGGUACAUUGUAGAUUGUGGCUUAGCGAAGGUGAAAAAGUAUGAUACUAUAAAACGAAAAUAUGUCCUAGAACUGAGUUUGAUAUCGAAGUCUGCAGCAGAACAACGGACUGGAAGAGCUGGGAGAACAGCACCAGGAAUUUGUUAUCGUCUUUACUCGAAAGAGCAGUAUGAGGAAAUGGAAUCCAGAAACGUUCCAGAGAUCCUUCUUACCAACCUUAAUGAAGCAGUAUUGCAUAUGAUAGCAGCUGGUGUUAUGGACCCAACGGAAUUUGAUUUUGUUGAAAAACCGAAUUCAGGAGUUUUGAUGCAUUCGAUGUCACUUUUGAGGUCGUUGAAAGCCGUUGAGUGCUGCGAAAGUAUGUUGGUUUUAACCCAGCUGGGUAAAAAGAUGCAGCAAUUACCUGUGGAACCACGUCUCGCAAAAAUGGUUUUAGAUUCUGUGCAGUACGAUUUAGUGUCUGAAACAGCCAUCAUCUGCGCAUCUAUUCACGUCGGGUCGCUUUUCAAUCGUACGAAUAAACAAAAUAAUUUUAUUCUAGCAGAUCAAAAGAAACUAUCAUUUUGUGAAGAUAGUGGUGAUCCAAUGACAUUUUUAGCGGUAUUCCUGCGAUAUAUAAGAACACCAAAAAGUCGAUUCAAAUAUUGGUGUUUUGAAAAUUUUGUAAAUUCAAAGCAUAUGAAAUAUGUGUUUAACAUUGCUUAUAAGAUCUGCAAAAUUAUUUCUCGUUUUACAGGUCGUAAUGUGGACCUAAACAAGAUUGAUAUUUCGAGAGCACGAACAGUUAUUCCCAAUCUUUUUUGUCAAUCCUUUGCAAAUAACCUGGCAAUGUAUUCCGGUUUACCGGAGCGUGGAUAUUAUGAUUUUAAUGAGAAGAAAUAUGUGUUCAUUCAUCCAUCGUCAGCUUUGAAAUACAGCGACACAACUCCGGAAUUUAUUGUUUAUGAGUGUUCGAUAUGCACCUCAAAUGAUUUCGUAUUUAAUGUGUGCGCUGUGGAUCCCUCUUGGUUACAUGAAAUUGAUCAUUAUGUGUUGGAAGAGGUAAGAAAGAAUAAAUUAGUACCGUAUAACAUUAGAUGUGGAAUUACUACGAAGAAUUGGAUUAUGUCGCAUAAAGAUAUGCUUGAGCAAGAGGUGGGAGUGGAAUGUGUUGGAAAGAAGAGAUUUAAUGAUCCAUAUCUCAGACUUCAGAUUUAUACUCCAGUUAAAGAUCUCCCAACAUUAAAGGCAUUUAUUGAUCGAAUUAUAGAAGAAAAAAUGGAUUUAUUGUGUAGGAAAACGAAAGAAGUGCGAAUAAUGCAUGCAGAUUACAUGUUGCAUAUGUCUGGUAGUGGUACACCUCUGGAAAUUUUAAUGCCCGGUGAAUUCUGCAGUAUGUAUGUUGGAAGAGAUGAUAUUAACUGGGCAGUUGAUGUUGCGUAUCGAACGAAAGUGGAAGAAUACUUCAGCAAGUUUGGAAAAAUCACAGAAUUCGUGACUUUUUAUGAAACAAGUCAAAAGAAAACUGGACAUUCAUGCUUAAUAAGAAUGGAAAAUAAGGAAGCUGCAAAACGUGCUUUUGUUUAUAACAGAGAAAACCAUUGCGAUUUCAAUAUUGAACCUUAUUUUGGACGAAGGUAUCUGAACAAAGAAGGCACAUACCAUCCAUCUGCUUACCGAUUACUGAUUAAGUGGUGGCGUAGACCCAGUAAUGGUUAUGGUGAAGUAAAGUUAAAACCUCAUGAUUUCCAACUAAGGACCUAUGCUUUCAACGUGCUUUCAAAAUAUUUGGGUCGUUUUCAGCCAUCAUUGCUAUCAGAAAAUGUGGUGGAACGAGAUCCGAAUUUAAGCGUCGAUGACUUAUGCAGGAUACAGCUGCGCUCUCUUCCACUAGAUAUUGACGAUAAAAGAUUGCUUCAUAUUUUGAGACCAAUACUGAAUGAGUAUGAUAUAGAGUUCGAUGAAAUAUAUGUGGUACGAAAGAAGAAAUAUCCUGUUGAAAGCGAAAAAGAUUUAGAGGAGCUUUCUCAACGAAUCUCUAAUCAUAUUACAAGAGUUGCAAAGAAUGCAGUAGGUAGUAAUGGUCAUCCAUUCGAAGUUAAGAUACGCACACCAAAACAUAGUGGUGAAUUUGAAUUUAUGGCAUUUGUUCUCUUCAAUGAUAUGAAUAUUGGGAUACAUGUGGGUAAUGCAUUGAAAGAAGCAGCGGAAAAUGGCAUAGUUUUAGAAAUGGGAUCAGGAAACUAUAUGCACGAAGCUUAUGUGCAACAAAUGUUUCAUUACCAAAUGAAAGUUCCAAUAAUUCUCUUCAAAGCCAUUUUUAAUGAUUUGAAAGAUAUUUAUAAUGCAAUCGAUCAUGAACACAUUCAUUUUGACUAUCGCAAUGAUACGUACAACAAAAUUUAUACAAACAAAGUAAAAGCCGCGAUUGACAAGGUAAUCGACGGAUAUACAAUCAAAUGUAAAGAUGGUGAAAGAGUGGACGAUGCUGAAUUACCCUGUCAUCAGUUGCUUACAAAAACUGGUCGAGAUUUUCUGUACAGUCUGUCACAAAGAUAUGCAAUAUUCCUGAAUACAUCUCCUUAUAAGAUGGAAGUGAAGAUUCAAGGAAGUGUUUUCAAUGUCGAAAGGGCUAAAACAGAAAUCAAGCAUUUCUUGCGAGAAUGGUUGGAUGCAGACGUUAGUCACAUUUUGAUUCUACAGCCACCAGAUUAUCAACAAGGAACAUUGAAAACUCUUCUAGCUCAAAAUGGUUAUGAUCUUUAUUCACUGGAGAAGCAGUUCGGUUGUGGCUUACAUUUAGAUGCUAACAUUGCUAGGCGCGAACUGUUAUUUAUUGGCAAGGAAGCCCAAUUCCAGGAGCUUUUAAAGAUGCUGCGUUCUAUUUCUGACAGUAUUCAGUCGAGUAAUUCCUCAGAGAGUUCUUUCAAUAAAAUUGGGGCACCGGACUGUGUUGUUUGCCUUUGUACGGCAGAUUUGGAAAAUUACUGCUUAGAGGCAUGCGGCCAUUAUGCAUGUAAAUCGUGUUUAAAUAUGCAGCUGAAGGCAUCAAUUGAAACGCGUAGUUUUCCAAUUGUUUGUGUUGCUUGUGAGAAACCAUUUACAUGGUCAGAUCUGGAAGUUCUUGUGCUUGGAGACUUAGAUCGCAACAAAGAUGAAGAUUCGGAGAAGUUGCAGUCAUUAUCAGAUGCAUCUCUGGCUUAUUUCGUUGAACGUCAUGGAGAUCUGUACAAGCACUGUAUAACUCCUGAUUGUCGAGGAUUACAUUGUGUCACAGCCGAUGCUGGUUUGGGUAAAUGUAGUUUGUGUGGUCGUGUGCAAUGUACUAGAUGUGGAAAGGAGGAACAUGAAUCAAUAACAUGUGAGGAAUACGCAAGACUAAGAGCUGAUGCUGAUGAAUCGGUGAGAAAAUGGAUACAAGAGGAUCAAGCUAGGAGGCGAAUAUGUCCAAAUAUAAAUUGUCAAACUGUCAUUGAAAAGUUGGAAGGAUGCAAUCACAUGCAAUGCUUGCGAUGCAAACAACAUUUUUGUUGGAUUUGCAUGUUUUCUGCUGCAGAAAGCAAUGAAGUUUAUGCUCAUAUGGAUGCGGUGCACGGUGGAUCAGGAGCUGAUAUGCAUGACUUGAUGGAUGAAAUGGGAAAUGAUCCGCUUAUUCGUGAAUUAAAUGAGAGACAGUAUCCGGCGCUAUUGUUAGAUGAAAGGUUCAACUUCGGUGAGGAGGCGGGAUUUUGGGUAAUGCCUGACGAAGAUACUGAUGAUGAGGCGCAGGCACUGAUCCUGGAUGAUGAUCAAGAUUUCCAUUUUUUUUGA